CCAGACAUCUUGCAUAGGUCGUCUCCUGUCCUGUCAAGGACGCUUUCUUGGUUUAUCGCUUGUCCUCACCUCACGCCUCUCGUUCUACGCAGGCCUGCCUCACUCGCUUUGGUAGCCCUUGCAGUUCUACAUCCAUAAUCACUUCAUUCGAGCGCUAUUCUUUUCACAUUCGAACCUGUAUCCUUCGAAACGCGUCGAUCCUCGUCUCCCGCACCUCAAGAUCCGGCAUUCUGAACAGCCUCUUCUCAAUUAGGCGCGAGUCACGAGCAAACUGUCUUCACAUACCUACCGGACUACGAGAGAAUUACGCAGAGCCCUAAUACUCGUGCUUGACCUUACACCAAGAUCAGUCGUUCAGGAGCAGAGUAAUCGUCGUCCUUCGAGGACAUCGCGAUUCAAUCUUUCGGCAACAUGUCGAACAGAAUGUCGCUGUUCUCGAUGACCUCCGAGUCUCAUCGUCCUCAAGGCUCUGGUCCCCAAACAGCCCAGGUGUCGACCACAACCCUCCUCAAUUCUGUUCACAACAUUUAUCUGUCGUCGAGACCUCAUGAGCUGGAGGCAAGUACAAGCCUCGUGGUCAACACGUGGCUGACGGCCGUUCAACAUGGUCCAACAGUCGACUCCUCGCUCGCUGCUCGAGCCUGGGAGCAUGCUCGCCGCCGCGCCGAGGAUGGUUGCGUUGUCUUGGGAUCCCUUCACGAAUCCACUCCUUCGGUUCUCGUACCCUUCCUGUCGAGCUUCCCUUUCACCGUUCCGUCCAGCGUCUUCAAGGGUCUGGAGGUCGUGCGACCUUUCAUACGCUGCGUCACGCCUCACAACCCUUCACUGCCUCGGGAGGUCGCUUUGAAUGUAUCAUUGACCUUGUCACUGACUGGCCAUUUCGCCGGAGCCUCCAUUUCCCUGUCUCAGGGUGGGCUUGAUACUGAAAAGGGCCUGCUCAACGUUCCCCAAGCCGCUGGGUACCGAGCUUUCGACGUCUUCUACUAUCUUCUCACCGCGGCCUCGACCCCUGCCGAAAGAGAGUUCCUCGGCUUGAAGCAUCCCUCUCACUACACCUUGCUUGCUCGAUCUGGGACCUACGACAACCCUUCCUUCCUGCCGACUGCGGACGAUGCAGCAGCCGCCGACGACUUCCGCCAGGCUCUCAAAGACGUCGGGAUAAAGGGCGCCGCGCACCGCAACUUCAUUUCCACCCUAGCUGGUCUGCUCAAGUUGGGAAACACGUUGGAUUACAAUAUUGACGGCGAUGCUUUGGAGGAGAUUUGUGAAGAUGUCGGUGGUUUGCUGGGUAUGGAGCCUGAUGUGCUGCUCAACCAGUGCAGCACGGAAGACCGCCGUACAUUGGUCGGCGGUCUGUAUGAAUCGCUCGUGGAUUGGGUCAUCUCCAAAGCGAACGAGACGAUCAGCGCGCAGGUUGCACGCAUCAGAGACGGAGAAGAGGCACUGGACUCACAGACCUCUGUCUGCUCCAUUGACGAGAACGAAGAUACGGUUUCAAUCACUGUCGUGGAAGUACCUGAGCCGACCCUUGGCAAGGCCUUGGCUAUGCGAUCUGUCUUUGAUGAUACCCAAGGCAUCAACGCCGAGAUCAUUCAAGACGGAUUAGAGGUUCCCCCUGCCGGCUCAUCCGUCCUCCGCGAGAUGCAGCAAGCGGUUUCCGAGGUUGCGCCAGAUCUCGGUAUCAUGACCGGCCCUGAUGGAAGACAAAGGCAACUAGAGCUCGAGAAACGAGAGGUCGUUCUUGAGAAGAUGGCGUACGCAGCUGACGAGGAUGCUUUUGUGAAGAAACUGCUGUUCCCUGUGGAUGGGGAGGGCAUAAAUCUCGGCAGGGCAGGUCGCCUCGAUCUUCCCAACCUGUUGGCAUCCAGCCGUGUCUGGUACCAUUUGUCGAUUCAUCCGACGGACGACGAGCCUGCCAAAAUCGCCACCCUGCCUUCCGCAACAUCGGCAUGGUCCGCUGGCGUCGUAUCGCGCCAGCUCAGGUCAUGGAGGCUUCCCGAGUGGGCUAAUCGUCGCAACCGUGCCCUCGACUUCACUGCUGAUUUCGACGCCGACGAAUUUGUCAAGCGUUACGAGUCCCUUGGCUGUCAAGACGGCCGAGAUGGCAUUGAAAGCUGGAUGCUUGAGAGAGGCUGGAGCAACGGCGAGGUCUUCAUCGGAAAGGAGCGCGUCUGGAUUUGUGAGGGUGCUUGGUGGGAGGCGGAGAGCAGCCUCGACCUGCAGCCUAUGGAGGACCAGCCGGCAGUCGAGAACCCCUUCAACACCGGGUUUGACACCGGCUACUCCAACAAUGGCAGUGGCUAUUUCCCUCACCCCCCGGUGAACGACAACGUCUUUGGUGACAGCAACUUCCAACUUGGUCAUGGUCGCAACAUGAGCCAGGGCAACUUGAGCUCGAUCACAAGAAGCCAGCAUCCGUACGGAGCAGCCUCUGUCGCUCCCACAGCCGCAGUGAACAGUGCCCAGGCUGGUGACUAUGGCCUGGGCAGCAAGGGCGAUACAUUCAAGGGCGACGUCUUUUACAAUGAAGCUGGCGAGUUCACCGGCAUGGUCGAUCCCGAACUGGCCAGAAAUAAAAAAUUCGAAACCAAGGAGCUACCUCUCCGCCGCCGCGUUUGGGCUACACUGGUGUGGUGUCUCACGUGGUGGAUUCCGUCCUUCAUGCUUCGCUUCAUCGGUCGUAUGAAACGGCCAGAUGUUCGGAUGGCUUGGCGAGAGAAGCUCGUCAUUUUCUUCCUCAUCGCCGUACUGAACGCAGCCAUCGUUUUCUGGAUUGUUGGGUUGGGCCAGCUUCUCUGCCCCAACUUCGACAAGGCUUGGAAUCGCAAGGAGGUCGCCACGCAUCAAGGCGAGAAGGAUUUCUGGGUCAGCCACCAUGGCAAGGUGUAUGACCUAACGGAUUUCUGGCGACGUCAACACAGUGACUCCAACAUCAAAACAACCAGUGACAGAAUGAUGCCCUUGGCUGGCCUUGAUAUGGAUCGCUACAUUAUCCCUCCCCUGAGCUUGGCUUGCCCUAAUCUGGGUAUCGGCAAGACGACGACUCUUUUGAUUAAUGCGACCAAUGCGCCCGAGUAUGGCUUUGCGGUCCAUACUUCCGGAGCGAACAGCCCUUACCACGACAGUGCGCUCAGCAAUGAGGAUUGGUACAACACCAACUUCAAGCCAGCCAUCAAGGAGUUCUACAAGGGUGAUUUGGUGUACUCGACAAGCAAAGUCAAAUCCGAGGGUCAAGACGAGCAGCACAUGUGGGCCCGGUAUGACGAACGAAUCUUCGACUUGACGGAUUACUUCUAUACGCUCGACCAACUGCCGGGCGUGGACACGUAUCAGUUCCUGAAUGAGAAAAUCACGGAUAUCUUCGCGGACAAUCCUGGCAAGAACAUCAAGAAACUGGUCGACGUUGUCCUCGACGAAGCUAGGGCUAGCACCAACGAGACCGAGCGGGCCAACAUCCUCUACACCUGGGACUGCAUCGACAGUCUGUUCUACAAGGGCCGCACGGAUUUCCGCGAGUCUCCCCGCUGCACGGUCAACAAUUGGUUCUUGCUGGCAUUCGCCAUCAUCAUGUGUGCCGUCAUCCUGGUCAAGUUCGUGGCGGCGCUUCAGUUCGGCUCGAAACGCCGACCAGCAGCGCAAGACAAGUUUGUCAUCUGCCAAGUGCCUGCUUAUACGGAAGGCGAAGAUUCACUCCGCAAGGCCCUCGACUCUCUCACUGCUCUCCAGUACGACAACAAGAGAAAGCUCAUCUGUGUAAUCUGCGAUGGUGUCAUUGUCGGUCAGGGCAAUGACCGUCCCACGCCCAAGAUCGUCCUGGACAUUCUCGGCGUCGAUCCCAAGGUUGACCCCCCUGCGCUGCCCUUCAAAUCCGUAGGACCCGGCAGCGAUCAGCUCAACUAUGGCAAGGUAUACUCUGGCCUCUACGAGUACGAAGGCAACGUCGUGCCUUACAUGGUUGUAGUCAAGGUCGGCAAGGAAUCAGAGCAGGCCAAGGCCAAGCCAGGUAACCGCGGCAAGCGUGAUUCUCAGAUCCUGCUCAUGAGCUUCCUCAACCGUGUGCAUCAUCGCGCGCCCAUGAGCCCUCUGGAGCUUGAGAUGUUCCAUCAAAUCAACAACAUCAUCGGCGUGGAUCCCGAGCUGUACGAAUACCUCUUCAUGGUGGACGCCGACACAAGCGUUGCUGAGGACUCCCUGACCCGUCUCGUGGCAGCUUGCUCCAACAACGCUAAGAUUGCUGGUAUUUGCGGCGAGACCAGUCUGGAGAAUGACGAGAAGUCGUGGUGGACCAUGAUCCAAGUUUACGAGUACUUCAUCUCCCACCACUUGUCCAAGGCUUUUGAGUCGCUUUUCGGCAGUGUUACUUGUCUGCCCGGUUGUUUCUGCAUGUACCGACUCCGAAGCGCGGAUAAGGGCAAGCCUCUCAUCAUCUCCGACGCCGUCAUCAACGAAUACAGUGUCUGCGACGUGGAUACCCUCCACAAGAAGAACUUGCUGUCCCUCGGUGAGGAUCGUUACUUGACGACACUGAUGACCAAGCACUUCCCCUUCAUGUCCUUCAAAUUCGUCGCAGCUGCCCAGUGCAAGACGGCCGCACCCGAGUCGUGGAGCGUUCUGCUUUCGCAGCGUCGCCGCUGGAUCAACUCCACUAUUCACAACUUGGCCGAGCUGAUGCGUCUCAAGGAGAUGUGCGGCUUUUGCUGCUUCGGCAUGCGUUUCGUGGUCUUUGUUGAUCUGUUCGGCACCAUCAUCUUGCCGUCCACGUGCGUCUACCUUGCAUACUUGAUUUACAGAGUGGCCAGUCACACCGGUCCAUUCCCAAUAAUCACGCUCAUCAUGCUUGCUGCUGUCUACGGUCUGCAGGCACUGAUCUUCAUCCUGAAGAGGCAAUGGCAGCACAUUGGAUGGAUGAUCUUCUACUUGCUUGCGUUCCCGAUCUACUCCUUCAUCCUGCCAGUUUAUUCCUUCUGGAACAUGGAUAACUUCAGCUGGGGCAACACACGCAUCGUUAUCGGAGAAAAGGGCACGAAGCAAGUCGUUGCCGUGGAGGAUGAGAUCUUUGAUCCUCGGUCGAUCCCGCUACAGCGAUGGGACGACUACGCCGCCAUGAACAGCUUGCCAGGACGUCGUGGCACCCGCGAAGAGUCAUCUGCUAUCGAUCAGUACGAAAUGGAUGAGAUGAAGUCUGUGUACUCGGCUGGUCCCCAGGGCUCAGUGCUCACGGGCAUCCCUGCUCGCAAUACAUACAUGCCUCCCCAGUCACCCGCUGCGUUUGGAGCGCACACGAGGGCGCCUACUACGAUGAGCAACUACCAGGACCAGCCGUUGAUGCAGAAUCGCCAAUCGAUGAUGUCCCUGGGCACCGGCAUCCACGACGUCAACCGCCACCAAUCACCCUACCAGGACUAUCCCGCCGCGCAAGGCACGUCGCCCUCCGUCCGCGCCUCUGCGGUGAUGGGCUACGGAGGCGGCCGCCGCUCGCCCAUGGUCCCCGAGGCCAUGCAGUCGACGCCUUCGUUCGACUUUCAGCGUGGCAACAGUGGCCCGGACGAUGCCAUGAUUGUGGAGUGCAUCCAAAUCACGAUGCGGGACGUUGACCUCGACUCGGUGACCAAGAAGCAGCUCCGUGCCCUUGUCGAGCAGAGGCUCGGGACAGACCUUGUCGGUGAGCGCAGGACAUUCCUCGAUCGGCAGAUCGACAAUGAGCUGCAGAAGCUGUAAUACUACAUGGCGUGGGCAAUCUAGAAAGAGUUUGUGCUGGGAAGGCGUUUUGACUUGGGACAGCGAAGGCGGCCAUUCGUCUGUUUGAUUUUGGACUGGGCAUCUCUGGCAAUACUAUUUGCCCUGGUUUCUUUGGGUCUGUAGCAUCGCAUCUGUGUGUGUCGCAAUAUGGUAAUAUAGGGAACAUCUAUCUUGGAUACCCCAGUAAUAAUGACAUUUCAAGCC